UUGGGUGCAGUGUACACAGUACAGUUUAGGGUUAAUUUAUUCAGUGUUGUUUGCGUCGAUUUCUCUCCAGUCUGCAAAUACAGGUCGAUGGCGUUGAACAAUGGGCUUAGAUCUGCUUCAAGGUUACUAACUACCUCUAAAUCGCUUAUUUCGACUCCAGUGAAAAGAGAGAUCCAUUCAAGUGGGAUGAGGAUGGGAGGAGGACAUGCGCAUGGUCAUGAUGAACCUUACUACCUUCAUGCAAAGCACAUGUACAACUUGGACAGGAUGAAAUAUCAGAAGGUAAAGAUGCCUCUUGCUGUCUUGGCUGCCUUCAGCAUUGGUGUUGGCGUUCCUAUAUAUGCAGUCAUUUUCCAGCAAAGGAAAACUGCAUCGGGCUGAGUCAUUAUUGAUUUGUAUGGAUUAUUUAUUUGUAUGGCUUUCAUUUGAUGUGGGAUUUAUUUGUUUUCUGCUGUUCAUUUUGUGGAAUAUGAACUAAAUAAUAAUAUGCAUCCUUCCGAUGGCCAAUAUUUGACUGAAUGUCAGUUUCUAGUUUCACGCU